AAAUUAGAAUAACUAUGCUUGUCCACUCAUCAUCAUCAUCAUCAUCCUCCUCCUCCUUCACUCUUCACCCUUUCUCCUCAAAUCACAACAACAUGGAAUUCCCAGACAUUCCCACAGGAAGAUCACCAAGAAGAGAACUCCAAGGGCCACGUCCCACUCCACUGAGAAUACACAAAGACUCUCACAAGAUCAAGAAACCACCGUUGGCACCACAACCCUCCCAACCCCAACCUCCACCGCGCCAACCCAUCAUAAUCUACACCGUUUCUCCAAAGAUAAUCCACACCACACCAAGUGACUUCAUGAACCUCGUUCAACGCCUAACUGGCUCCUCCUCAACGUCGUCGGAACCUCCGUCCAAUACCAACGACCCUUUCAACUCCGGCGACGGAAUGGUAUCUCCGGCGGCUCGUUAUGCCACCAUAGAGAAAGCCAUGUCCCCUAUGGGAAAGAAACAGCUUCUCCCAAGUGGUGAUAUAAUAAGCGAUGUGGAAGGGAUAGAGAUUAUGGGUCAUGGCGUUGAAAGACAACAAAGUAUGUUUCAAGGGAUUUUGUCUCCAGGACCCGCUUCACUCUCUCCCAUUCCUUCCAAUUUUUUCUCUCCUCCUUCUUCUGAUCCAUCCAUGGUUAGCUUCCUUCAUGAUUUGAGUCCUGUGCUUCACAGUACCAGAAAUUUUAUGGAGGGUGGUUUCGUCAUGCCUAGCCCUUCCAAUUUCAACUUUCUUUCGCCUCAUACUCCCUCUAUAGACUUAUUCAACUACUUCUUAGAUUAAUAAUUUCUUGCCUUUUAUUGUUCAAUUUAGUUACAUUAUAGUGUUAAUUUCAAUCAUACAGAAGAAGGAUAUACUUGAAUCCGAAUUAGGGUAUGGUUUGAUUACUUUGUUGAGUUGUUGUGUAGUUUCGGAGGAUGUUAAGAAAAAAGGGGCAAAGUGGAAAUUGGUUUGUUGCUCUUUCGGUGGUUAGUACUUAGCUGGAAUUUGGAAACUUCGUAAUUGGAUUUAUUUUUGGGCCAUUUAUGCUCAUAUUUGUUAUGACCUUAACCGUUGACCUCAUUCUUUGUCAUGUAUUGUACAUUGCAUUUUGUUAGUUGAGACAUCGGCACUAAUUAUAUUAAAUUCCAUUCUU